AUGGCACCCACAGCAACUGUGGCACCCGCAGUGACGGAACAGGAUGCUCCAAUCGUUACCAAAGGCAGACCGCAGCCGUUAGUAUCGUCAGGCAUCCUUGAUCAAUUCGAGCAAUUUGAUGCAACCCCAAUCAUCGGCACGGAGUUCUCAAGUGCCAACCUGGCAUUGGUUCAACGACUCGGCGAACUGACGGGAAAGCCGAAAACCUCGGGCCUGCACAUUCACCCGAUAUUGAACCCUAGCCAGGAGUUUGGAGGAUCCGAUCCGGAGAUCAGCACAAUCAGCUCUGCCCAGCGCAAGAAGCUUUACAGCGUCCCUGAAGACACCCUCUGGGCAUCCGAAUACGAGCUCUACGACCGUAUUGGUGAACCAUACCAGAAGUUCCUUGAAGGUCUUACGGGGACCUUCGCCCAACCGGGAUUCAACGCCGCUGCAGCUCGAGGUGGCUUCGAGCUCUAUGACAAGCUCCGUGGUGCACCCGAAAAUGAUGGUAGCUCGUUCAAAGCAGUGCACCCCAUUGUGAGAACCAACCCUGUGACUGGUUGGAAGAGCCUUUUCCCCCUUGGAAACCAUAUCCAGUAUAUCAAUGGCGUGACGGAAGAAGAGUCAAAGUCUCUCCUGAGCUGGUUCUUGGACUUGGUAUACAAGAACCACGACCUGCAGGUCCGCCUCAAAUGGAAAAACACGAACGAUAUCGCGAUCUGGGACAACAGAAGCACCUUCCACCGCGCAACCUUCGAUUAUGACGGCCAGGGUGAGCGCUUCGGUAACCGAGCGGUAGAAUUGGGUGAGCGCCCGUAUUAUGAUCCCAAUAGCAAGUCACGCAGAGAAGCUCUGCGCGAGCAUGCUCCUAAUGAGAAGAUUCUGGUAUGAUUAAGUCCGUGAAAAUCUCCGGAGCUCAUUCGCGGCCUUACAGUCUACAGCCAUCUAUUCAUGUUAAAC